ACAAUUCUUAUAGACUUUACUUAUCCUUAAUAAAAAUGCAUAUAACAUAAUAUAAAUAGAUUUUGUUUUAUUUAUUUAUUUUUUUAAAAAUUUUUUUCAGAUACAUUGAUUGCAUUUUAUUUGGCUUAAAAAGUCAAAAAGAUAAAAGUAAAUUGAAACAGAAAGAAUAUUUCCAGGAAAUGUUAUAUGAAGAUGUUGAUGCCACAUUGUUAAGACUUUUUGAAUCUUUCAUGGAAGCUGCUCCUCAAUUAUUGCUGCAGAUUUAUAUUUUAUUGAAAAUUGAAUUCUCUAUGGAUGAACCUAUUUCUUGGAAAGUGAUCGUUCAAAUAGUAUCAGUUCUGAUAUCACUCGUAUCAAUAUCCUGGGCAAUAUCUGCUUAUUUUCGAGCUCUUAGAUUUUCACUGCCUAAGAAGAAAAACAUGGGCUGGAUUGCGACGAUUUUCCAUGCAUCUUGGCAUUUUUUCGUUAUUUCUGCGAGGAUAUUUGCACUCGGACUUUUUGCUUCACAAUUACCAGAAUAUCUGCCUGUUGUUUGUAUAUUGCAUUGGUUCAUAAUGACACUCUGGAUUAUUUCUAUGAAAACUAACUUUUGCAUAAAUAGGUUUGAGGAAGUACUUUAUAAUGCCGUUGUUGGAAUCAUCUUUAUCUUCUGUUAUUUCAAUCCAGUAGAUUCUCCAACUCGACACAGAUAUUUCAUUUACUAUUCUGUUAUGAUUACAGAAAAUAGCAUUCUCAUGUUAAUAUGGAAUUUCUACGGCAAUAAUUUUCUGAACUAUCGACUGCCAAUUUUUGUGGUACAUUAUGCAUUAUUUUUAUUGGGAUUUGCAUUUAUGAUUACUUACUAUUUACGUUUUCAUCCAACGAAAAAUAUAAAAGUGUUUUUAAACAGGACAGAGAUGAUUAACGGACCGUCCGCAGAUCACAAUUUAGUCAACAAAGAACGGUACGUAGUCAGAUUAUAAGAAGAAUCUAGCGAUUUACAGUAGUAGUACUCAACAAAGUCGAUGACUACUACUAGUGUAGAAAAACUGCAAAACUCAUCAUGACUGUUUUUUUAAAUGCAACUUCGCAUCUUUCAGAAGUUUUUAUAUCUAUGAAAUUGUUGAUAUUAUUGUUACUACUAUACAGAAAAGAAUAUUUUUAUUUAAAGUCGACCAAAAAAUGCAGUGUGAUGUAAACACUGAAUAAUUAUAUUUAUGAUAGAUUACACAAUUUGUAUUGGAUUCGACACUCAAUUAGCAAUCAGCUAAUAAAUGUUUGUAUUUAUACGAAA